AUGAUCCUGUCGAAAAUCAGCAAGCACCCCUGUUUAUUACCGACCAGAAUCCACACAAAUCGUCAAGAAACACACUUUCCAGGAAUCCCAUAUGGUCCAUUCAAUUCAUUUAUCCAAAAAAGGUGGAAAAAGCCAGCAAACACAGCACAAACUCGCUUAGAAUCCAGAACUACAGACUCCAAACUCGACAAACUAACAACCCACCUCAAAAAACUCAAAACAAUCCUCAAAAUCUACGACCUCAUGUCUAAUCGAAAGAGGGGUGCCUUUGUCUCCCUCCAGUUGAUGUCUAGAUGGAGAAAUAUAGUGGGGUUGAAUGUAGCUAUGGGUGAGUUUGUGCAUAAAUACCCCCAUGUGUUUGAUGUAUUUACACAUCCGGUUAGAAGGAAUUUGUGUUGUAGGAUUAGUGGGAAAUUCAAGGGUUUGGUUACUGAAGAAGAGGGUGUUGUAAAAGAUUGUGAACUAGGGUGUGUGAAGAGAGUGAAGAUGUUGUUAUUGAUGUCUAAAGCUGGGAGACUUCAUAUUCAUGCUUUGAGGUUGAUUAGGAGAGAAUUGGGGUUGCCUGAGGAUUUUAGAGAGUCAAUUUUAGGGAAGUAUGUAGAUGACUUUAGGUUGGUUGAUUUGGAGAUCGUUGAAUUAGUUGAUAAAGAUGAGAACUUGGGGGUGGCUGAAGUUGAGAAAUGGAGACAAAAAGAGUACAAAGAGAAGUGGUUAAGUGAGUUUGAGACAAAGUUUGCAUUUCCUAUUAAUUUCCCAGCGGGUUUUAAGAUUCAAAGAGGGUUUAGAGAGAAGUUAAAGAAUUGGCAAAUGCUUCCUUAUUUGAAGCCUUAUGAGGGAAAUGAGGUUGUUCGGGUGGGUACUUGUGGAGGGAAGGAGAGAUUUGAGAAACGAGCGGUUGCGAUGAUUCAUGAGUUGUUGAGUUUGACAGUAGAGAAGAUGGUUGAGGUUGAGAGAUUGGCUCAUUUUAGGAAGAAUUUUGGUAUGGAAGUGAAUGUGCGCGAGUUGUUGUUGAAACAUCCUGGGAUUUUCUAUAUAUCAACUAAGGGAAGCACUCAUACUGUUAUUCUUAGAGAAGCAUAUAGUAAAGGGUGUUUGAUUGAGCAAAAUCCAAUUUACGUUGUUAGGAGGAAGAUGUUGGAUCUUGUAUUUCUGGGUUGUCGAAAUACAAGACAGUUGCAAGCUGAGGAAGAAAUUAAGAAAGGGAGUGACAGCCUGAUUAGGACAGCAAAUGCUGGAAGUACAAGAGUUGGAGAGUGGGUCGUCCCAAUUUUAGAGAGUUUUGACAAUAUGAAUGACCAUGAUGAUCCAGGAGAACUCAGUGAUGCAUCUGAGGACGAGUUUGAUGGAUGCUAUGAAACUGGAGGCAGUAAAUGUGACGGAUGA